CUAUUCCCAAUUCCAAAGUGCUGAAUUGGGUUGGGUGUCCACUGAGGCCUUUGGAUCUUUCUGGGGGGAGAAGAUAGGCACCAACGCUAUAAAAGAAGCUUCCCCCCUUCUCAUUUGGGGCCUGAGCAACCCGCAACCACCGCACGUUAGGUAUCGAGGCAAGAACAGAGCAGCUGCCAAGUCUUCGUUGAAAAGAUUCAGAGAUGGAGGGGUCGACGACUGAAGGUCAUGUGGUUGGGAUCCCGGUGAACAACAGGGUUUACGGAAUCGAGGAGCCGGAUGAGUUCCCCAUCCCGGUGAGCAGCAGGGCUUACGGCAUCGAGGAGCCGGACUUGGCUUACGGCAUCGAGGAGCCGGAGUUCCUUGCGGAAGAGACGCCCGAUCAUGGAGGAUUCCCGAGUUCCUUCCAAUCCAGCUAUGAUGCUAACCGCUCGACGACCGCCGAUCGGCCGACGAGCAAACAUGGCAGGAAGGGAGACAACAUCGCUCAGGGCAUCAAAGAACACGUGACCCUCGGUCCCAAACUUUCCGACACGGUGAAGGGGAAGCUCACGCUGGGCGCGAAAAUCCUCCAGGCCGGCGGCGUGGAGAAGAUGUUCCGGCAGUGGUUCUCCGUGGACAAGAACGAGAAGCUGCUCAGGUCCUCGCAGUGCUACCUCUCGACGACGGCCGGGCCGAUCGCCGGCCUGCUCUUCGUGUCCACGGCGCGGGUGGCCUUCCGCAGCGACCGGUCCCUGGCGGUGUCCUCCCCGCGCGGCGACAGGGCGCGCGUGCCCUACAAGGUGACGAUCCCGCUGCGGAAGAUGAAGGCCGUCCGGCCCAGCGAGAACAAGCACCGGCCGGAGCAGAAGUACGUGCAGCUCGUCACCAACGACGGCUUCGAGUUCUGGUUCAUGGGCUUCGUCAGCUACAACCGGUCGCUGCAGCACCUGGAGCAGGCCGUCGCGUACGCGCAGCAGGCGCAAUGACGGCAGGGGCACGGGCGCUCGACGCACGCGUGGUGGAGCUGCUGCUGCUGCUGCUGCUAGGCUAGGCUGAUGGCUGGUGAGGAGUGGUUUCUUCAUGUGCGCGCCGUGUGUCUUCGUUGUGUAGUUGGGAUAGUUCUGUCUGUGUAUGUGUAGGGAUGCAACAUGUCGUUGUAUAUUUGGGGAUCGGUCGCCUCGUGGAUUAAAAUCGGCUGGCUAGCAAGUUGGUUACAGGCGAUCGAUCAGGGCAUGUGAUCUUUUUGGGGGUUGGGGAAGAGGAAAAAUUCAUGAAUUUGCAACAGAAAUGAUUGUGCGCGGAUGGCAAAAGUGCCAUCAAUAUCCAUUCUUUUCUCAAGAAAAAACAUGUGCUGAAGUGGUAUUGUGCUA